AUGUUUUUCUCACUGGCCUCUUCUAUUACCGCUGCUUUGAUAUCUGCUGAGAGAUUUUACGCCAUUUAUUGGCCAUUAAAGCACCGAACACUUUCUACGCGCGCGUACAGGCUAGCUAUUUUCAUGGUGUGGACGAUGGCUAUCCUGUUUUCCAUGGUUUAUGUCCUACUUUUCUGGAGCCCAAUGACGUUAUACAGUUUCCAGUGUUUAUACGUCUUGUUUCUAGUCUUGACUAUCUGCGGCCUCAACAUCGGUAUUUGGAGAAAGUUUAAGCAGAAAACGCCUUCUCAUCAACAAAACAGAGUCUUUCAACAGCAGCGCUUAACAAAAGCAUUGUUAUAUGUAUCUAUUUUUACUUUGAUUUCGUGGAUCCCAAUAUCUGUUUACUAUUUAAUAAGCUCCUUUGGAUACCACAUACAUGACCACAUUUUGCUGCUAACUUUGUUUAUGUAUCUUUCCAGCUCGUUUAUCAAUCCAGUGGUGUACGCAACAAGAAUUCCUGAGUUUAAACAAGCUAUGCCAAAUAUUGUAUGCUGUUUUUGA